AAAUAAAAAAAUAUAUAAAUAGGUCUACAACCGGUCCAAACCGGUCCGGUAAGAGUUUUGGACCGAUUUUUCCGGUCCGGUCCGGGUUUGGUCCAAGCAAUAUCGGUCCGGUCUUCGAAUCUUGAAUUAUCAAAUUUCGGUUUUCGAUCUGGUUCAGGUCGAUCAGGCCCGGUCCGGGUUUGGACCGAUGAACACCCCUCACUGUUUCCUGCUGAUUAUCUAGUUAUCAAGCCAUCGCCAAAUAAAAGCGAUAUACAGUAGUGCACUUGCCUUAACCAGUAGAGCAGCAAAAAUGUGGAGAACAAGCGGCAGAGAAAUGGCAGCACUUUCAACUUCAACGCACACAUCAUCUUCCUCCUCUCGCAUCCGCCCAUUAACAUGCCUUGCAUCCUCGAACCUCUCGCGUCUGGUGUCGCAUCCACCUGACCUUCUCAAAUGGGUGCGCAAUCAAGGAGGGUUUGUUCAUGAAUCUAUCAAGAUCACUCAACACUCUUCUUAUGGCCUUGCUCUUGUUGCAAGCCGUGAAAUCCCUCAAGGGUCUGACCUAAUUUCUCUUCCUGCUCAUUUACCUCUCAAGUUUGAUGAUGAGUCCGAUGAUUCUUCGCUUCUGUUGAAUGAUUUGGCUACCCAAACCCCUGAGGAGCUCUGGGCUAUGAGGUUGGGUCUGAAGCUUCUUCAAGAAAGAGCAAAAACUGGGUCUUUUUGGUGGCCUUACAUCAGCAAUCUUCCUGAGGCAUACAGUGUCCCAAUCUUCUUCACAGAAAAAGAAAUAUCUGAUUUGAACUUUGUUCCUCUUAUAACUCAGGUAAAAAAGAGAUGUCGGUUUCUUUUUAACUUUGAUAAGCAAGUCAAAGGAGCUGUUUCAAAUAUCAAACCGGGGGAUCAUCCCUUUGGGGGUCACGAUAUUGAUGCAUCCUCCCUAGGAUGGGCAAUGGCAGCUGUAUCAUCCAGGGCAUUUCGUCUGCAUGGAGAUAAACUUUCUGAUGGGAUCCACAAAUCUGUCCCUAUGAUGUUACCUCUAAUUGACAUGUGUAACCACAGCUUUUGUCCAAAUGCUAAAAUUAUUCAGUGUCAAGGUGCUGAAAUUGCAAAAACACUAGUUAAGGUUGUGGCAGAAAAACAUGUCCAGAAGGAUGCUCCUUUAGAACUCAACUAUGGUUGUAUGAACAAUGACAUUUUCCUCUUAGACUAUGGAUUUGUGAUAGCUGCCAAUCCUUACGACUCUAUUGAGUUCCAGUAUGACCCAGAACUUUUGGAGGCUUCCAGUUUAUCCAUUGGGCUAAAUUCCCCAUAUUUUUCUUCACCAGCUUCAUGGCAAUCUGAAAUCUUGUCAGCUUUAAAAUUAGAUAACAAGAUGGCUCCAUCUAAGGUAACGUUGGGUGGUCCAGAUUGGGUAGAUGGUAGACUCUUGGCUGCUUUACGAGUACUGCAUGCAAGUGAUGAGAAAACAGUACGUGAGCAUGACUUGAAUACCCUUCAGUCACUUUCCGCUGAAGCUCCUCUCGGGAUUUCAAAUGAACUGGCUGCUCUUCGAACUAUUAUAGGACUUUGUGUGCUAUCUCUUAAAUCUUUUUCCACAAAUAUGGUGGAGGAUGAGGCCUUACGAAAACAGGGUGUAUCUACCUUCUCAGAGUUGGCUAUCCAGUUCAGAAUGGAAAAGAAGUCCAUGAUUUUGAAUGUGAUGAAGGAGAUGUCAAAACGGGUUAAGCUUCUACAAACCCAGGAAUUGCCUGCUGCUUCCUAGCCAUUGCUUCACCCCACAAGAAUUUUAUGUCAAGAGAUUGAUAUUCCCUUUACCAUUAGGCUUAGUAAGGCAAUUUUAUGAAGCUGAGCUGCAUUGUAUUUGGUUUACCUAAUUUGGCGUCUUUAUGCUUAAUAUGGUGGUUUUUCUUUACUUCGUUGUAACUAAAUUCAACGGAUUGAGAUUUUGAUUAAACUCAAUGGUUAUUGGUCUGCUUUGAAUUUCGUUCAA